CAUGAGCUCAUUGUUUGGUGCUGGACUGUGACUUCACCGGGGCAGGAGGCUCAUAGUGAGAAAACUCCACUCCCCCACCCCAUACAGAGUUAGAUAGGUGCCCGGGGGGUCCUGAGGGGGUCGAGUGACUUGUCCAGAAUCAUAGAGACAACUUGAUCAGGCCCGACGUGAGCCUGGAAGCAAAUCUCGGAGAUUCCCUCUGCCUAUGAUAGUGAGGAUGAUGAAGAGGCAAGGAAAGAAAGGCCAGCUAAAAUUUGAGGAGCAAUUAAAGGUUGGCAAAGCAAUUUGCAUACUUGCUCUUCCUUGAACCUCACAGUGAUGCUGAGAGGUGUUCGUGUCCUUUAAUCUGUUCACUCAGCCCAUCAUGUGUGAAGACGAGACCACCGCCCUCGUGUGUGACAACGGCUCCGGCCUCUGCAAGGCUGGCUUUGCUGGGGACGAUGCACCCCGGGCAGUUUUUCCUUCCAUCGUGGGGCGCCCAAGACAUCAGGGUGUGAUGGUAGGAAUGGGCCAAAAAGACAGCUACGUGGGAGAUGAGGCCCAAAGCAAGAGGGGUAUCCUGACUCUGAAGUACCCCAUUGAGCAUGGCAUUAUCACCAACUGGGAUGACAUGGAGAAGAUCUGGCACCACUCUUUCUACAAUGAGCUACGAGUUGCACCAGAAGAACACCCCACCCUGCUGACAGAGGCUCCUCUGAACCCUAAGGCAAACCGGGAGAAGAUGACCCAAAUCAUGUUUGAAACCUUCAAUGUCCCUGCCAUGUAUGUCGCUAUCCAAGCUGUUCUGUCUCUUUAUGCCUCUGGCCGUACCACUGGCAUUGUCCUGGACUCAGGAGAUGGGGUCACCCACAACGUGCCCAUCUACGAAGGCUACGCCCUGCCUCAUGCCAUCAUGCGUCUGGAUCUGGCUGGCAGGGAUCUCACUGACUACCUCAUGAAGAUCCUCACAGAAAGAGGCUACUCCUUUGUGACCACAGCUGAACGUGAAAUUGUAAGGGACAUCAAGGAGAAACUCUGCUAUGUGGCCCUGGACUUUGAGAAUGAGAUGGCCACAGCUGCCACUUCUUCUUCCCUGGAGAAGAGCUAUGAGCUACCUGAUGGUCAGGUCAUCACCAUCGGCAAUGAGCGCUUCCGCUGCCCAGAAACUCUCUUCCAGCCUUCCUUCAUUGGUAUGGAGUCUGCAGGCAUUCAUGAAACAACUUACAAUUCCAUCAUGAAAUGUGACAUUGACAUUCGGAAGGACUUAUACGCCAACAAUGUCCUCUCUGGGGGAACCACCAUGUAUCCUGGCAUUGCAGACAGAAUGCAGAAGGAGAUCACAGCCCUGGCCCCCAGCACCAUGAAGAUUAAGAUCAUCGCUCCUCCUGAGCGCAAGUAUUCGGUUUGGAUCGGGGGCUCCAUCCUGGCCUCUCUCUCCACCUUCCAGCAGAUGUGGAUCAGCAAACCAGAGUACGAUGAGGCCGGGCCUUCCAUUGUCCACAGGAAGUGUUUCUAAGGAUUGGGUCCAUUGGGCCUCCUUAGCGCUGCUCUUCCUCCUACACCCUCUGCUCUGUUGCUGAUCCCAAUGCAUUAAAGUUCGCAAGCCUUA